AUGACCGAUGUCGAAGAACUUGGAUCCGACCUCUCCCUCGCACACGCGCAAAAGCGAGACCAGAUCAUGAGCGAAACAGAACUGUCAGCCCGUGAGGAAUACGACUAUACCAAGGGCGAGGCCCGUCACCACCACCGGUUUUAUGAGCGAACGGGAGAUAUUGUAAUUCAAGUACAAAGCGCCAUCCUCAAGGUCCAUCUGCGUUUCCUCACCAAGUAUUCGAAUAUACUGGCUGAAUUGAUCGAGGUUCCAAGGUCUGAGCAGGACGAAGGAACGGAAUCGAGGCCACUGCUGAUUCAUGGAGAUGAUGUACAUGGUUGGGAAGCCCUCUUAAGUUAUUUCUAUCCAGAGGAUCACUUUAAAGCCUACUCCCCUUCUUGGGAGGAAGCUAUGAACCUUUGGCCAAUGGCGGAGAAGUAUCAGAUGGCCUCACUCCUGGAAGUAGUCGAACAGCAUAUUCAAGAGAAAACAAAGACUAUGCAGCAAGUUGUUCGCGUUACGGAGCUCGCUCGACGGUUAGCACGGGUGGAGGCGGCAAAACAGGCCGUGGCGGCUGUGGUUCCGGAACCAGUGGUAUCAACCAGCGAGGAGCACGACUAUACCAAGGGCGAAGCCCGCCGCCACCACCAAUUUUACAUAUCCAGCGGGGAUAUUGUGAUUCAGGUGCAAAACGCCAUCUUCAAAGUCCAUCUGCAUUUCCUAGCGCAGUAUUCGAGUGUUCUCGCUGGAUUAAUCGACAUUCCAAAGUCUGAUCAGGACCAAGGAACAGAAAUGAUGCCUCUGAAACUUCAAGGGGACGAUGUACGCGGUUGGGAGGUUCUCUUGGGCUGUUUCUAUCGAGAGAACCACUUCAUGGCCUAUUCUCCUUCUUGGGAUGAAGCACUCCGUCUUUGGCCGAUUGCGCAUAAGUAUGGCAUGACUUCACUGCUGGAGAUGGUCGAAUUGCGUAUUCGAAAGGAGACCAAGAAUAUGCCAAGGGCUAUCUCUGUCAUGGAGCUCGCUCGACGGUUAGAUCGGUCGGAGAUGGCGCUCCAUGCCUUCUCAGCCGCACGUCGUGACCGGACUGCGCAAUAUCCGACCUUUGAAGAUGUGCAAAGGAUGGGCAUCUUUCAUUUCUACUAUAUGAAAUAUAAAGUUAAUCCAGUUGUGAUCUUCUUGGCUCCCUUUGUUUCGCCGGAGAUUGACAAGCGAGCGGCAAUUCGUCACUUGAACUUGAACCCCACACUUGCACGCAUCUUGUCCUCCACCACCCCCUUGUGUCUCUGGUUAUCAACACCAGUAUCACAUUCGACUGCAGAUUGUUCAAAGGACCCGAGUGCAGAAACCAAGUGCUGUACUUUCAUGUCCGCAGUGACCUCGUCUGCGACGUCUCCACGCUCCUCUCACUUUCUCAGUCCACGAGGUCCAACACCAGCAUACACUCCUCACACUUCUCAGCAGCAGUCAUCAUGGCCAGCCCUCCCGCUCCCGUCGUAUGCCGUUGCAGCUGAAGCAGACGCGCCUCUUAACCUCGGUCUCGACGAGGAAGAGGUUGUAUGGAGCGGCGAGAGCGUUGGUCUCGGCUUUGGACUGCUCUCCCGACUCAAAGAAAAGACAAACGCGCUCCUAGAAGCCAUAGACUGGGACUGUCGCCUCUGUGGAAAGACGGCGACUGACCCUUGUGUCACUCGGUGUGGUCACCUGUUUUGCUGGUCGGACCUCAACAAGCACCUCGACCGGUCACCCCGCUGUCCGACCUGCUCUGCGCCGCUCUCCAUUACGAGAGACGUUGUUCAAGUCUUUGGAAGACCAAAAGUCGUUCCCAACGAUGCGCCAUGGACGAGCGUGAACCAUACGCCUGGGUCGAGAGGGUCUGUUGCCGAAGGUUCGACUGUCAAAUCGACUACAAGCGAGAAGAGCGCUCCUGCAUUCAAUCGCCCCACAUCUGAAAAGGAGAACCUCGAUCUCAAUGUGCCACCGCCGCCAGCUUCACCGAUCGAUCAACGUCUACGGGCUUCUCCUAUCUCGCUUGUCGAGAGCCUUGUCAAGCCACCGAUUAACCUAUUCGUAACUAACCCGAGCAGCGAGUCUGGCUCGGGAUCUGAUAAUAUCAAUGCACGAGAAGAAAAGGAAGAGGAUCCAUGGUCCGCAUGGAAAAGAGCUAUUUCCCACAACGACAACCUUCGUCCGCCAUCUCCCAGUCUGCGUACCAGAGGCAUGCGUCCGGGCUGGGGAGCGCAAGACGGUCCCUUCUUACACACCGUAGACAAUGCUUCUACAGACUCUUUCGAUACCCACCUUCGUCAGUCCAUCAACGUCAAAUUUACGCGUGGCAUCUCAUUUGACGAUUCAGACGCCGGAGGAAGAGAUGGCGACGCGGAGAGUGACGGGGACGCCAUCUUCUUGCACUCUCCCUCUCGGAAAAAUCAAUCGCUUCCGGGUGCAUGCGACAUGCCACCGCUCCAGAGACCUGUACCGCAAUACGCGUUCAAGCCCGAGGCCGCUGUAGCACUCCCAGAUGACUCGUCGGUGGACUAUCGCGCGGCUGGGCGGCAGUGGUAUGCCGAGCAACGACAGCGUUCCAUGUCGUCCAAUGGGCGUACUGCACCCGUGAGCCCUACGACCAGCUCGUCGAUAGAAAAGAAGCCGCUGCCGGAAGACGACUUUGAGACACUCAAAGUUGCGAUUGCAGACGAAAAGAAGACGUCUGGGAUCAUGUCUGAUCCGCUUGGCCGGGCGCUCUGCGUCGUCGGUGUGGUCGUUUUGCUGAAGAUUCUCCUAAAGUAG